GAGAUGGAGGCUGCGGUCUUCCGGCUGGCGUUGCUGCUGUACGUCGGCUUCGCCAUCACAGGGGCAGGGGCGCACCUGCGCGGCCAGCACCGGCCGGAGGAGGAGCGGCUGCCGGCCGCCGUCGCCGAGUUCCUGCGCACGGGCGACUCGAGCGCCCUGCGGCAGGCCAAUUGCUCGCGCAGGUUCGAGCUGCUGCUGCUGCCGCUGCACCGGGGAAGGUCACCCGAGAGCCCGCAUCGCUCCGCGCUGGACGCGCUGCUGCACGCCGCCAAUUUCGUCAGCUCGGUGCUGCAAGCCAACAGGUCCAGGGAGCGCAGCGUGCGGCGAGACGUCGACUGGUACCGUGCCCUGCUGCGGAGCCUCCUCCUGGGCGAGCGCAAGAUCCACCGGGCCGUGCUCACCUUCGCCUCGGACGGGCCCGGCGUGAACCUCCAGGCCACCAGGGCCGGAGGGCAGAUCGUGCUCCGGGACCUCUGGGGUCCGCACAACCGCACGAAGAAGCUGCUGAGGCAGGAUUUGGAAGCCGUGGACAACUCCCCGGGGAGAGGCCAAAGUUUGAACCCGGACGAGACGCACGUCAAGUGGUCGGCGCCCCACCUGGAGUGCGACAACGGGACCUUUGUCCCUCGGUGGUUGGUGACGUUGUCGGCUGCCUUCUACGGACUCAAGCCUAACUCGGCUCCGGAAUUCAGGGGCGUAGUGCGAGUGGACAUCAAUCUCCAGGAUAUUGAUAUCGACCAGUGCUCCACUGAUGGCUGGUUUGCUGGAACCCAUCGCUGCAACCUGACCACUACGGAGUGUUUGCCAAGCCGAGGCCACGGCUUCGUCCUGGACAAGUACAAGUGUCACUGCAGAAAGGGAUUCUACCACCCUGACCGAUUGGCCGUCGGGGGCUUUACAAGCGCGAAUGAGGCGCCCGCCGGCGACUGCCAGCCGUGCCGGCCGGGCUGCGCCUUCUGCAAGGACGACACGCCGUGCGCCGCGCGGGAGGACGGCGCGCUGCGGACCGCCGUCGUCUGCUUCCAGAGCCUCUGCGUCCUGGCGCUCUUGGUCAGCAUGGUGCUGGUCUACCACUUCCGGAGGAACAAGAGUAUCCGGGCGUCGGGCCUCGUCCUGCUGGAGGCCAUUUUGUGUGGCGCGCUGCUUCUCUACUUCCCGGUGGGGAUCCUUUACUUCCAGCCCGGCGUGUUCCGCUGCAUCCUGCUCCGCUGGGUCCGCCUGCUGGGCUUCGCCACCGUCUACGGAACGCUCACGCUCAAGUUGUACAGGGUCCUGAAGGUGUUCCUGUCACGCACGGCCCAGAGGAUUCCCUACAUGACCAGUUGGCGAGUGCUGCGUCUGCUGGCCGUCAUCCUCCUGGUGGUCUGCUGGUUCCUAGUGGCGUGGACGUCCGCCGUGUGCCAGGCGGCCGACAGGAAGUCGGCGCUGAUCGACGUGGGCUACACGCCGGACGGGCUGCAGUUCAGCAUGUGCCUGCUGGACCCGUGGGACUACAUGAUGGCCGUCGCCGAGUUCCUGUUCCUGCUGUGGGCGGUGUACCUGUGCUACGCCGUGCGGACGGUGCCGUCCGCCUUCCACGAGCCGCGCUACAUGGCCAUCGCCGUCCACAACGAGCUCAUCCUGUCGGCCAUUUUCUACGUCAUCAGGUUCACGCUGGCCCCCGAGCUGCACCCGGACUGGAUGCUUCUGCUCUUCUUCACGCACACCCACCUGACGGUCACAGUCACGCUGGGCCUGCUGCUCAUUCCCAAGUUCCUGUUCGCCGGCACGCAAAGGCGAGACGACAUGGCGUCGGAGGCAUACGAGGACGAGCUAGACAUGGGUCGCUCGGGCUCCUACCUGAACAGCAGCAUCACGUCGGCGUGGAGCGAGCACAGCCUGGACCCCGAAGACAUUCGGACGCCAGACGAAGCGGGGCCUCUGAGUUCUAGUAAUGGCUGUGGCGUAAGAUCACGCGACAGUCUUUGGGAAAAACGUGCCAACGAAGAGCUGAAGAAGCUCUACUGCCAGCUGGAGAUCUACAAGAGGAAGAAGAUGCUGGCCAACAACCCGCAUCUGCAGAAGAAGCGCAGCUCCAAGAAGGGCCUGGGACGCUCCCUGAUGAGGCGCAUCACCGAGAUACCCGAGUCGGUGCACCGCCAGUGCAGCCGCGAGGAGAAGGACGGCGGCGAGCACGGCAGCAAUCGGAACAGCAUCUGCGUUUUAAAGAAACACCCCUUCGAUCAAACGCACCCUGUCAAACCGGCCAAGGAGGAGACCCUGAAAAACAAGGUGUUCUCCUUGAAGAAGUCCCACAGUAGCUACGACCAUGUCCGAGACCAGAGCGAAGACUCCAGCAGCUCGGCGACGGACAAGAUGGAGGUGAACGCCGCCGAAGGCUCCCUUCUGGACGCCCUGAUGGGCAAGAAGCUGGUCAAAAAGAAGUCGCGGGAGAACCUCAAUGACCCCAGCGAGUCCACCGAGUCGGUGCCGCUGGUCUGCAAGUCGGCCAGUGCCCACAACCUGAGCGCAGACAAGAGACCCCUCCACCCUCGAGCCACCGUGCUGCAGAAGUCCCUCAGCGUCAUCGCCACCGCCAAGGAGAAGACGCUGGACUUGGCCGGAAAGACCCAAAGCGCGGAGGACAGCCCCAAGAAGCCUCCGCCGAGGGGCAAAGACGAGAGCGAGCCCAAAAAUGUCGUCGCCAAAGGCAGAAAUGCCAAACAAACCGCUGUCUCCUCCGAUCCAGUCAAGGGGAAAGACCUUUACGAUCUCUCCGAGGUGUGUCCUUGGGAGGUGGAGGACCUCCCAACACCUUUAGAGAACAAGGUCCAAAAACACGUGUCGAUCGCGCCAGAGGAAAGCACCACGGUUCACGGGGGCACCGCCAAGGGAGGCAAAACCCAGAAGCUGACACUCUCGGAUCAGACACCCUCUGGCGUCAGACAGUCCAAGGAAGCUCAGAGGAACAACGCCGCAAGAGAGGACGUCUGUCCUUGGGAGGCGGGAGGAGGCGAGAGCCAAAGCGCUCCAGCGUCCAGUCAAGCUAAGAAACAGCAGGAGCCUCGACCCAAAGCGGAAAACACCAAAACCAACCGAGCCGAGGUUUGUCCGUGGGACUUUGGAGAGCCGACGGGAGAGACUUUUCCAGCAAAGAAUGUGGACGCUCUGGGGAGCAAUGCGACCUCGGAUUCGUCAAAGACGGGACGCUCGCUGAAAGCCGACGUUGCUCCGUGGGACAGUCCCGCGUCUCCCGGUUCCCAGGACACGCUGAGCCACUCUCGGAGUUCCAAACCCAAGGAAUCUCCUUCAAAAAAGAAGGGAAGCCCCUCCCCGAGAACACUUGACAAGGACAAAUCAAAAAACGGCAACGACGAGAAGAGCCGGACAAAAGCGAAGGACAAGAGCAAAUCUUCUGAGAAGCAGCAGAAAUUAGCCGAGGUUUGUCCGUGGGACGUUGGCGGUCGCCAGGAGGCGCCGGCCGUGGAGAAGCGCAAGAGCGCAAACGUCGGAAUGGCCAAAGUCAAGAAGGCCGAGGUUUGUCCGUGGGACUUUGAGGAGCCGUCGGAGAAAGCAGCCUCAGAUAAAUCCUCGGCGGCGCGGAGGAGCGAUCCCGAUCCCGCAAAGAAGGCCGACGUUUGUCCUCGGGACUUUGACGACAAGACGCCGUGACACUCGCACCCAACGAAGCCGAGACGCCCCGAGCUUGGCCUGGCCUCUUUUGCAAGCCAAAAUCUGACGCUGGACUCUCCGUAGGUGGCUUGCCAGAAAAGUCAAUUCCGUUCCACGAGUUGCCUUCCUUUACGACAUUCGGUUCCGGUUUUGUGUACUUUUACAAACAAACGAGACCACGAGGAGUCCAGACGGUCACAGGGAAUUCCUGAAGAUUACUCUUAGACCAAUUAUGCAAUUUUUCAUUCUUCGAUUCAUUUUGCAGUUUUGUCUGUACAUAAACAUCACUAAUGUGGGGACCAGUUGUGAUACGAAGGCGGAAGCCAAAGAAGAAAAAAAGGCUACAGAGAGAAAUGUUGGUCAGGAGUGUUUAGGAAACCAAUCAAGUCUGAAGCACUUUAGCCAACAUGAACCAACUCUUCAUCUUCACACUUUCUUCUUCUUCUUCUUCUUCUUCUUCUUCGCUAGAUCAGUUCAGAUGUAGUUCUGCUGUACUGUUUGUGCCUAAAGUGAGGAACUAACCUCGUCGUCUGGUCUUACGUCUGACGAGACAGCAACACAGCGCCGUCCUACUCGCCAACAAACAUGAAUAAUAGAAAGAGCAUGCACAGCUUCAGUAAGUAAAACAAAAAUUCAUGGAAUUGUGUUCAAACUAAAAAGAAAAGAAAAUACCUUGUAUUCCGUAGGCAACGAAAACAGUUAUUACAUUGUUAUUAUGGCUUCAUUACAACAAUUUAUUACAUGCAUAUUCUGUAAAAACAAAAUUCUUUUAGUCUUCGUUAAGUUCAGCUUGGUUCCUUGUGUUGACUGAAUGGGACAUUAUUGUGUACAUGGCCGCUCAAACAACCGUUGCCGCUUUACGAAUUCAGUUACAGGGGAUCAUCGGUUAAAAAAAAAUAAUAAUAAAUAAAAAAAAAAGCAAAGGCUGGCAUGGUUCCUUGUGCUGACUUCUCGCGACUUUUCCAAAAUAUUUACUGUAAAUGACUGGCCCAUUCUUAGGCCCCUUUCAUGUUGCUUUUACGGCAAAUUGACGAAUCAGAGGGCAUAACGGUAACGGGUUGAUUUCAACAGCUGGCCAGUGUGAAAGGGGCUUCACAAACGCAUCUCAAGCAUUUCACUUGUUGUCCUCGCCAAAUACUUAUGUGGGUGUGUAAGUAGCAAAAAGUCGUACAAUUUAACCACCUGAAUGCAAAUUACGCCUCGUUGGUCUCUUGUCUGAUUCCUUGUGUUAGCGUUAGCCUAGCAUUAGCACUAACUGCCGGGCUACUCUGCAAAAGCAAAAAAAAAAAAAAAAAAAGAGAGAAUCCUCCCUUCGUCAGUCCUAAUAGAACGAGAACGAACUUUGGUGCGUUUCUGUAUCCGACGUUUCCAUGUAGCGUAGCAGGUUUCCGUCCCACUGCGAGAACCCCGUUAGUCAUUUUUCGACUUUUUGCUGACGAUUGCUAGAACUAAACCUUUGGAAGGUUUUGCUUUGUUCCGCGUUUUGUAUCAAAAUGUCUUAAGUAUUUGUCACGCUCCAAUUGUGUAGUCCCAACAGUCACCCGUCAAGUCGCCCGCUAGGGUUUUCGGCGUCUGGUGUGUAUGUCGUCACCGACUAGCCGCGAUUGUCGUCAAAGGACUCGAUAGUGAUAAAUGUCGUUGAAAUCAAUCCAAAAAGUCAGCGUCAAGCGCUGAAUUCCGUCGUUUUUAGAAGCCAGAAGAGUCCGGUGAGGAGGUGGUAUUCGUUGUCCAAGUUCCUGAUGCGCCAACAUCCGUUUUUGUUUGUUUGUUUAUCUGGAAAUGUCAUCGAAAAUCGACCCAAUCUUUCAGGUACGGUCACGGUUCUGUUCACAUUGGGUUCAGUAAGCUAACAAAAUGCAAAGCAUAAAUAUACUUGUCUUAUGUGGAGACGGGAAAACAUUUUUUUACAUUUAAUAUAAAACAUUAAAAAGUACGAGCAGUAAAUUCUCCAAUUAAAAAAAAAUAAAAAUGAAGGCUGCAGACAAGUGUGACAGUUGUUUUGUGACACUUUUUCCAGCGAGAUAACAAAAAACAAAACAACAUCACUAGCCAGAUGCUGAGCUGAACCGUGUUUGUUUACGGCAGUUACACUUUCUGCUCCUUCCCGCAUCUUUUCCCUGUAGUACAUGUACCGUUACACCCGUAGUACUUGAGACCAUCACACGUGGGUUGGUUAUGUCGAUAGUGAGUGUGUCCUGAAAAACGUCUUAAGAAGAAGCACUGCCAAUGUCGACUUGUGCUGCCCGCUGACGACGAGUCAGCUGGUUGUUUUCAAAGAAGUAGCUCUUUUUUUUGGAAAUGUGUAAUUAUUCUGUUGAUUUCUAUGCUUGGGAUUUGCUGUCUUUCGUUGAGCUUCAGUGGGCCAACAUGAACUCGUUGCGGUCCAGAAGAAAUAUAGUUUAAAAAAAAAAAGCAUGGUAAGCGAUUUAAAAAAAUUAAAAAAAUAAAAAUAAAGAUGUCUUUGGCCUGCAAUGUUUCUGCAAGAGCGGCAGAGAGUGACGGCCCUUAAUAAUUGCGCAAUAUUUCGUCUUUACAUUAUGGAAGCGUGCCACCCACACGCACACACCUUCUCCUUGUAUCUCCUCGUCCACCAAUCAGACCUGAGAACCGUGCUGUCAAUCAAAACCCGACAACGCCUCCCCUUGUUACGACUACUACUCCUAUUCCUACUACUAGUACUACUACGACUAUACAAUGCUGUAACGUUGUAAAUCUUGUGGCUUCUGCAUGAGUUUGAGAAAUUAGUCAGACCGAUGUUUCACUGCCCUGGAUAGAACAAAAAAAAAAGAUGUCUAUGGACUUUUACGAGUUGUAUAGUGAGUGAUUGUGUCUCUGACCCACCGUAUUAUGUAUGAGCUUGUUACCACGACGACAAGCUUAUAGCAUCCAUAUAUGGCAAAACUUUGGUAGAUUUCUAUUGUGUUCUGUUGUGAUAGCAUGUACAAAAAAUACCUCCUCUGCAAUAAAUAUUUAUAUGAAAAA